CAAGGUCGAGGACGUUGUAACCGCCUUACAACAUUGUAACUUACGAAGUCCUUACAACAUUGUAAGUGACCCAUACUCAAAAAAAAAUUACAAUGUUGUAAGCACAUUGUAAGGCUAAUGUCAACAUCGUAAGUCAAUUCCCUAGGCUGCCAAGAGAGGGCACAUCGGUAGGUGAUUGACCAAUCAGCAGUCAGCCUCGUAGACGUAACAGCCAAUGAGAAGCCACAAAUCUCAGCUGUUUUAUCACCGUGCUACACCAAAGGUAAACAACGCCAUGGAAGGUCUAACUCAAAAGAAAAUAAGGCCAAAUUUCUCAGACGAAGAGAUGUUGGCUUUAAUAGAAGCUGUGACAACGAAGAAGAAUGUGGUUCUGGGUAAAUCAGAUAACAGAAUAAUCGCACAAGUGAAAAAUAACGCCUAGGAGAGUGUGACUAAGGAAGUGAGUCUUGUCGCUCGCGUACCGAGGAAUGUGAAUGUAGGGCGUAGGAAGUUCGCAGACCUAAGAGCAGCUUGGAAAAAAGGCAGCACAAGAGGAAAAACACAUGGGAGGAACAGAUGUUGCAGAACCAACUCCUGGGCCAUCUGGGAUAGCAUCUCAGGUCAUAACAGACUCGAAAGUUGUUGUAACAUUGGAUGAGGGCACUCCAGAGGAGCAAGAAAUGACAAUAUCCAUUGUGUCAAUGGACCACACUUACUCUUCAAAAUUACCUCCUUUUUUAAUAGAAGACAGUGACGCUCAGGAUGGAGGUAGCAGGCAUGGUCAUAGCAGAAGAUCAGAAGAAAGGAGAAUUUUGCCUGGCAUGCUUCAGAUACAAGCAAAUAUAGAAAUUCACUUGAAACAGCUUGUAAGUUCAGUAAAAGACAUUGCAUCAGCAUUACAAACAAUUGCUGGUGUUAUAAAAGAUAAGGCAUAAGUUCUUAUUUUUAUCAAAUGAUGAAAUAUUUUAGUUUUUCUCCCAUUCAAUUCUAGUCUUAAUCUACCCAUUUAUAGUACACAGUUGACAUUAAUUUGUGAUAGGCAUUUGUACUUUUAACAAAGUCAUAAUGUUAAGUUAUUGCUUGAGAGACUAAGUCUAAAAUAAGUCUUUAUUUCGGAGUUCCUUUAUUUCUUCAGUACAGACUAAGGCAAAAAUCCAUUAUAUAUUAUUUAUUUUUUGUUCGCAUUAAUGUUUGCACUGAGGUUGUGAAAAUUGUAUUUUGGUUUUAUGAUAUAGGUUAAGACCAUAUUAUCCAGUUUGGAAGAAUCAUAUUUUUAUAGGGAGGGAAUUCAGGAUCUUAUUAUUUUUUUAGGAAAAAAAUGAUUUUCAUUUUUUUCAAAAUUCUGACAGGUGCACUGUUUGGUUUCUGCAUAGGUUAUAUAUUUUCCGUUUAGGUUAAGGAAGUAACACAUUUUUGUUGUUUACACAUGGCAAUAAUAAAGUUAAACUAUAAUAGUUCUGCUGUCAAUUAAGAUUGAUUUUAUUUGUUGAUACUAAGACAGAGCUGUAUUUAAGUUUAAUUUAUUUUUCUGGUUUUGAUGUUGUAGGCUGAGGAAGAAAGCAAAUAUAUACUUAUUGCUAUUCUAAUAUUUAUGGUUAACAUACCAGUAGUAAUUAAGCUUUGAGGGACAGCUUUACUCGUAUUUUAAAAAUGUUAUAUUUCUUUAUUUGUACAUUUAUAUGUCUGAAAUUACUUGCUUCCAAAGAUUUUUGUUUAUUUCACUUCUAAGGCAACCCAACUUUGGUUGUGGUCUGUCUUGUGGUCAUAAAGCACCAUGACAAAAAUAUGUAACUUACAUUUUGUACUUUUGAGCAAUAUUGCUUUGUAUGUAUGUGUAGAUACUUUCAUAUUAUUUUUGUGAUGUAUCAUUAUGGUAUUUUUCUUACCAGUCUUAUAUUUUUAUAAUCACAGUCUGAAAUAAAGUUUUACUUUUUAAUGCUUGAUUAUAAUUACCCUAGAUCUUGAAUAACAGUUAUUUCUUCUUGCAUAUUCAAACUACUA